GAUCAUUUCCUUUAAGAGUUCCUCAGAUAGCAAAGGUAAAUUAAUUAAUUAUUAUCAUCCUUUCAUACCUGACCAUAUAUUUAUAUUAUGCAGCUUAUUUUUAGAUGAGCAAACAAAAUUAGACUUUCAUAGUGACCAAUCAUUCCAGACAAUUCCUCCAUGGAUAUCAUGUCGAUGACAAUAUAGGCAAAAAGUUGGCUAUAUCUUAAAGUUCAGAGUUGGGCGGCGGUUUAAUGAGUAGUGUUGAAGUGGAAUAGAGGAAGCCCAAAUAGGUGCUUCAAAAGGAAUAUGAUUCCAGGAGUAUACGAUACGCAAAUGAAGAUUACUCAUAUUUGGCAAAUUUGUUGUUGAGUAGAUUUUCACAGCUAGAUGCAGCAGCUGCUAUUGCUACUCAAUACCCAUUAUUUAAAAUGUUGAGGGGUGUUACCAAAAAAUUUAUGUUUAAUGAGUUAGAAAUCAUAUUCUUUUUGCACACAAUCGAAGAAUAGAAAUGGAGAUAUGACGAUUAAUUGAUAUCAGAUUUCUCAGCUUACUUUAAAUAAGAUUUUUUGAGCAACUAAGAAAAUUAGAAUGUGGAAGGAUUCAAAAAAUUGUUAUUGUUUCUGAUUUGUUGCGGCUAUACAAUCAAGUGUUUUUUCAAUGAUUCAAAUGAUCAAGAGAUAAUCUUGAUAACUGAUCACAUCCAACAAUAUUGCUAGAAGGACUUUAAAAAAUCCCUCAUGGAUUUAUGGAGACAGAAAUACAUGAACUGCUCAUUGAAAAUUGUUCCAAGAGUUUUGAAUAAGUUGUACAACAAGUUGAUGAGAAUCCCUAAAGAUGGGAAACAAGAAUUCCAAUAAGAUUACAAUGCUUUGGUCGAUCAAAUCAUCUAGAUCUCUCCAGCUUACAAUAGUCAAGAAGGCAAAUAGAUUAAGCAAGAAGCCAAACCAGUCCAACAACAACCUUAGCAACAACCACCCAUCAACUUCAGCCAGCAGACUUAGCAAUCCUAUCAACCAUAAUUCAUGAAUAACUCGGGUUUAUUUAUGCAAUUUUCCCAAUCGCAACAUCCUCCAUAGGGAUAACAAUAUUACUAACCCUUCCCUCCUCCAUAAGAUUUUUGUGAUCACAACGUCAGCGACAAUCUAUUUGGAAAUUCUAGGAACAACUAAGAAAUUAUACCACCUCCACCACCGUUAUUGAGUUAAUCUUCUAAUUUUAAAAUACAAUGA